AUGCUAGUGGAGUCGGGGCGAGAUGAUCCGGUCCUCUCGGGAAUUAACCAUGAGAACGAUAAGGUUCUCAUCUCAGAGCGAAUCAGCGGUGGUGGUGGCGGUGGAGGUGGUGGCAGUGCUUACUUAUUAGGGAAUCGUAGCAGUCUCUAUGAUCCAAUGCCUCCAACCAUCAGUACUUCCAGUGGUGUGGUGCGGAUGCAGAAUCGCAAGGUGUCUGAACACAUUGGGCCCGACGGCCGGCUCAAGUCGAGUAUCUGCGACCAACCGAACGGUUUUCUGCGAAAACAGCGUGCUUUAUGUUUGCAGUACAUCCAGUUGAUGGAGUCGGUGGUGCGGGGCUACUUCAUGGGUCUGCGUGAAUGCGAAUACCAGUUUGCAGCACAUCGGUGGAACUGCCUAGGAUAUAACCUCACUAUUCGUAGUUCACCCUCGAGGAGGAAACCGGGAAAAGUGCUCCGAUCAAGUCAGAUAGAAGGACGCUCGAAGAGGAAACACGUGAGGACAUACAUGGACCGCCUCUUAUCCAGCGGUUCAAGAGGACUCGAUUUCAUGGUUUUGUGGGACGGUCAAACAGUUAUUGCUGAAGGCACUGCUUCAGAUUUGAGAACCGGCCACUAG